AUGUUCAAAUUAUUCCAUUUCAAAGGUCUAAUGAAGAAGAGAGCUAAAGAGGAAUUUAUAAACAAUAUCAAAACAAGUAGGGAACGGGUUAAUCAUUUUUAUCUAGAUGAUAACAUUAUUGACUCAACAGAAAACAUAAAUAAAUCACCCCAAGAAAUCUUCUGUGAUCAAUUGCUAACAACUACUGAUUUCUUUUAUAAGAAAUUCCAUAAUAAGGAUCAUGAAAAAUCUGAAAACCAAGGUAAUAAACUUUAUAUCUAACUUAUAUAAGAUUAGAACAUAUAUAAUUAAUAUUAUUAAAAUAUUUACUAUCCAUUCCUCUAUUGCAUUUUGUUUCAUAUUAGAAUACAAAUAAAACCAAUUUUUAGAUUUAGACUGGAUGGAAAAAAAAAAUUGUACAUUUUUUAUUUAAUAUCUAAUGUUCAAUAUUAUUUUUAUUUUAUUUUAUUUAACCUAGUAUAAUAUUUUUAGUCUAGUGUACAUACUAAUAGUAUAAUAAGAAAGUAAAGUAGCAAAUACACUGUGAAAUGUGUAUAAACACACAUAAAUACUUUGGUAGCAUAGUUAAUUUUUUCACUGAAAGUUGCGAGCUGUAAAAAUCGCCACACUCUUGAUGUGAAUUGUACCUCACUAUUAGAUUCUGAGUGGAACUAGAAAUGUAUUGGAUUUUGAAUGAUGUUUUUUUUUUCUAUUAUCUGUGAAUAACUUUAUAUCAGAAAUUUUGCUCUGAUUUACAAUGAUUGCACUUUUUCUGAAAGGAAAUCUGACUGAGUAGGUACUUAAGGGAAGCCAUUUUUUUUAUUUUCCCUGGAAUUUUUUCUAAUUGGAUAAAUAUAUGAAAUUUUGGUGGAUGAAAAUAUUAUGGCUUGUUUUUUCCUGUGAAUUAAUUAAAUUAAUUACCUUACUACCAGCAAAUUUGUUCCAAUUUACCAUGAUACUACUUUCUCCAAAAAAAAAAAAAACUCCUUCAGGCGUGAAACAUUAGGAGAUCAUUUUUUUAAAUUUAUUUCCAGCUAUUUUCAUAAUAAAUGGGAAAAACAGGAUAAUAAGAACAAUAUUAGACCAAUAAAAUAAAAUAUGUAAUGCUUGUGGAAUAAUUUUACUUAUGACAUCCAGCAUCGCCAUAAAAAGCUAAGUAAAAGAUAAAGGGCUCAUGCAUCAAACGCAGUUUAGUUACAUGAUGAGACUGGCAAUUCCUAUGUAACCUGUAUAAUUUUACGGAAAAUAGUCUGACCUUUCUGUAGCCUAAACUAAUGGACUGAUUUGAAAUUUACACAGGUUGUUCAGUAUGUUAUGUAAAUAAUACUUCUGUAAAUUUCAAGUUGAUUGGAUGAUUACAGGCUGAGUGAUAUACAAAAUUAUUAGCAUAAUUUACUCAAAUUGCUAUUUUUGUCAAUCUAUAUGUUAAACAGGUUAUUACCACCUGUUUGUGACUGGUCAUUUGCAAAAAACAAUCUUGUUUAUUUAUUUUAUCGCUGUAUUACUAUAGUAUUGUUUUUCAGCAACAUUCAUAAGCUAUAAUCAUAACUACGAGUCAUAAUAUAUUAAUUUAAUAAAAAAUGAGUGAUGUCCCAACAAUAACCCUCAGUAAACUACGUGUAACUACCUUGCUAAUAAAAAAAAAACUCUUUAGAUAAGUAAUUUUUUUAAAUUCAUUAGUAUAGAAACUAUUAAUAAUUUUUUAAAUUUAAUUAUGAGUGAUAAUUUAAUACAAACAAUUUAACUAUAGUAUGUACUUAAAUAGUGUUAUGGUAAUAUUAAUAAAUUAUUAAGUGAGAAUAUAAAUAUUCAUGUCAGCAUUGUAUCUUUAUUUAUAGUCAUAGAUAUUAGUAGACGUCAAGCUAAAUUAAAUUAUUUGUAUUAAAUCAUCAAACAUAAACAAUUUCUAUACUAAUGAAAUUAAGAAAUUACUUACUUGGCCCCUUUUUAAUAUUGCAACUUUUCUAACUUAGGUUUAUUUUUUUUCUUGGCGAGAUUUUUACACAUAGAGGGUUUUCAUUGGGUAUAUUAUUACUAUUAACCGAUCUUCCCCUCGGAUUUAUUUUUUCAUUAGCAAUGGUUAAUCGUUACAUGCAGAUAUACAUAUAUUUUUUCAUAUUAUCACUACCUUCACAUUUACAACAGUGACUGCACUCAUCUCAAUUUAUCCUAGGACACUUUUUUUAUGGUAAAAUGACAAUUUAUAAAACUCGUGUAACAUUAUGAUUGUAUUUCUUUAUGAACAUUAAUCUGUAGUUAAUUUGAAAUAGUCCACAAAUAUAUACUCGUUUUAAUUUCUCUGGAGAUAAUAAGGAUAAUAUAUAUUUAAAAUAGAAUUUUUUUUUUUUAUGUAUUUAAUAAAUAACUUAAUUUUAUUAUUUUUGUGUACAAAAACAACUGUGACUAUUAUUUAACAAUUAAUUUGAAUUUCAAGUUUGGGAUAUAAACGACACUUUAUAUUUUGUUCUCUCAAUUAUAAGGUAUAAUUGACAAUAAUAGGGAAUAAACAACAUUAAUAAAAUUAUUUGAGGUAUAAGUGACAAUUAUCGAGAUUGCGUGGUGUUAGUUAUUGAUAGUAUAUAAUGUAAUAUCAUUUUUCAAACAAAAUUGAAAUCUCACAUUAAUGUUCUGUUUUUUGACAACUGAAAAUUAUGAAUUGUGUCAAUUAAAUACUUUUGCUCGUGUUACCAUCAAUAUAAUAAUUAUAGAUACUUUUCUCUAAACUUAAAAAAUUGUAAAAAAAAAAAAAAAUCACCAAUUUAAUGAAAAUAAGAAGUUUUUCAAUAUUAAUUACAAAAUACAUAUUAGUAGUUCGUAUCCUUGUAAGUAACAAGAAAGAACAUGAUAUGAUUAUCUUUAUUAACUCUGGAGAUAUUACAAUGGGUGUAUCUUUGAGGGAUACUCUGUAUAUAUUAUAAUGGUGAGACCAAACUUAUUAAUUACUGUUAGGUACUUCAGUUUUCAUCACUAUGAGAGCCAGCCAGUUAUAAAUGGCAUACAAUGGUGCUUCUAAACCAAUAUUGUGUGACAUUAUACAGGUUGAGUAGAUCUAGUAUACUAUUUGACUAAUGCAAUUUAAUGUGUGUGUGUGUGUGUGUGUGUGUGUGUGUGUGUGUGUGUGUGUGUGUGCAAAUUCAAAUAGAUAUUAUUCAUGAGACUCAAAAUAAUAAACAAAUGAGCAUCACAUGAUGGGUGGGGACACUUUUGUAGUGGAGAUGUUAGGAAGGUAGAGGAAAUUUAAUGAAUAUCAUCUGUAAGUAACAACUAAUUAUUGUUAAAAAAAAAUGUUUUUGAGCAAAGUUGGGUUAUUUAUAUAUAAUAAAUUUCCAAAAGGUUCCCCAUUCAUUUUGAAAAAUCAGAAACUUAUUUCCCUUACAGUACCACCCCAAUGAAAUUUCCUUUUGGAAAAGUGCUACGUGCGGAAAAUGUCUGGUAGAAAAGUUUUUCAUAGAAAUAAUAAACAUUGUAAAACCUAUUUUUUAUUUUUUUUCUCAUUUUUAAGAAUUGUGAUUAUUGUAUUUCUAAAUAUGCAUAUUUUAUAACUUACUAAUAGCUUUGGAUUGUUUUAAAAUAUUGAACACUGUAUAAUUGACUAACUUGUUCUGGUUUCACAAACUACUUAUAAAUCAAUUGAUAACAAUGUAUUUAGCCCCUCACCUACAAAACAAUAUGUAAUGUUAACUUGUAAAAAAAUAUUAAAAUAACUAUUUGUUUAAUAAACAAUAUUGAAUAGAACAAUUUUUUUUUAAAAAUGUUUUGCAGCAGAAGAAGAAAAUAAGCCAUUCAAAUUAUUUGAGAAUUAUUUGAGAGCUCGUUUAGUUGAAACUGAGUGUGACAUUCCCAUACAUUAUUGCUCUGAACUCAUGGUUAACACACUGCCACCCAAUGUUGUACGAGAACUUAUACGAAUUCCUUUAAAGCCACGUGAAUGUACAGAAGAAGAGUUGACCAGAUUAGUUAAUGUAGAUGUGCCAGUUGUGGUAUUGCAACUAAUUGGAUCUGUUCGCGUUCCCAUUGAGACUGAAAUUGAACCCAAGAAUAAUGAACUUGAUACUGAUUAA